UCUUUUUAACAUGUAAUUGCGUAUCAGGAAGAAAAGAAAGAAAAGCCUGGACUUGAUAGAAAUUCUAUUGGUGUAAGAUUAAAAAAACAAACACAGGAAAAAUGGUGAGAUUAACCAGAAAGCUUUUGAAGGAAGCAGGGUUUGGUCUCAACAAGACUCUUUCUCAGAUACUCGUCUGCCCUAUUUCUAAACAACCAUUAAGGUUCUGUACCGAAACGAAUUCUCUCAUAAGCGACGCAAUUGGGGUUUCCUUUCCUAUAAAAGAUGGGGUGCCUUGUUUAGUUCCCAAAGAUGGAAAGAUACUAGAAUUUGAAGCAGAAAGUUCCUGAGCCUGAAAUUAUGUGAAAUUGUAGAUUUGUGCAACAAAAGGGAGUAGGUUUUGUGCCAAUUUUCUCAAAGGUUAUCUCUUUCAGACAACCACUUUUCAUAUGUUUCUUUAUUGUAUUGCCCAUGUAGGAAAAUUAAAAUCCCAGUGGUUUUCUUAUUUUCUUUGAUAGACCCUUGUUACCCUUUGGAGGUGUAGUUGAGAAGUUCAUGUCUUUAUAUUUUAUGAAUAUUAUGAAAUGUGUUCCUGGCUUCUGCAAUGAUCAAUUUGUUAGUUGCUCUGUCAAAA